ACAUUGCCAACGCUGCCAAGUUAAACAUUUACCUGUGCCUUGAUAAUUGUGUCACGAAGUAUUGAGCUAUGAAAUCGGUGAAAUUGUCAUCUGGAUAUGACAUGCCAACAGUGGGACUUGGCACAUGGCAGGCAAAACCUGAGGAAAUCGAAAGGGCAGUUGCAACUGCACUGGAAAAUGGCUACCGGCAUAUUGACACUGCUUUUAAUUACAAUAAUGAGGAUGCCAUCGGCAAGAGUCUAGAAUUAUGGUUGAAUAAUGGAGGAAAAAGGGAGGAGUUAUUUAUUACCACAAAGUUACCUCAUUAUGGGAAUCGAGCAGCAGAGGUCGAAAAAUAUCUCAAUUGGUCAUUGGAGAAAUUGAAGUUGGACUACAUCGAUUUGUACUUAAUUCAUAUGCCCUUUGCUUUUCUUUGUGAUGCUAGUGGUUGUGCACCAGGAAUUAAUGACGAUGGGUCUUAUGAGUUGGAUUUGUUGACUAAUCCUGUUUCUGUUUGGAAGCAAAUGGAGCAGGAAGUGAAGAAAGGCAAAGUCAGAUCAAUUGGUCUCAGUAAUUUCAAUGAAAAUCAAAUUGAUGAAAUAUGGAAUAACGCAGAGAUAAAACCUUGCAAUCUCCAGGUUGAACUGCAUGCAUACCACCAACAAAAAUCUCUCAGAAAUUACUGUGCUAGUCACAACAUUGUCGUAACGGCGUACAGUCCGUUAGCAUCUCCAGGCGCAAAAAUUCAUUUUCAAACGAAGUACAACUACAGCUCAGACAAAUUUCCAGAUCUUCUGGGGCAUCCAGUAGUUGAAAAAAUAGCCAAAGCUCAUGAGAAAACAACAGCACAAAUUUUACUGAGGCACCUACUGCAAAAUGAUGUUAUUGUCAUUCCAAAAAGUGCCUCACCCCAAAGAAUAGCUCUUAAUAUUAAUAUAUAUGAUUUUGAGUUGAAUUCAGAUGAGAUGGCCGAUUUGAAUGCUCUAGAUCGAGGCGCUGAAGGACGAAUUUUCACAUUUCUAUUUUUCAAAGGGGUAGAAAGACAUCCGUUAUAUCCCUUCAGGGACGAGUUACAAUGAAUCGUGAAAUGGAAAAAAAAUUAUAAAAUAAAGUAAAUGUACUAAAAAUAUAGUAGAUAAUGAGUUGUAAAAAAAUGUUUUAAAAAUUAUCAACAUUUACAUGAG